AUGACCGCUGGAAACUACACGAUGGAAUUGGCGAGUUUCGCUGCCAGCCUCACCUCCAAAGCGCUGCCAAAGACCCUAUACAGCUCCCUUCCUAUUUUCGUGCUCGACAUCGUCACAGCCAUGCUGACCGGCAUGGUUCAGCCUGUCUACAAGUCUCCGACGGAGGCACUAACUACCAUCCACGGCAACGGCGGACCUCAGUCAGUCGCAGCUAUCGAUGGUUCAGAGACCACAAUCUUUGGCGCAAUGUACCUCAACGGCAUCGCAACCGGCGCAUUCCAAAUCGAGCACGUCGUGCUGAACGCACAUCCGUCCUCCUCCGUCCUCCACGCUCUACUAGUAUACGCCUCUACACGAAACACAACCACCACCGGCGAGGACUUCCUUACCGCUCUCGCCGCAGCGUACGAUGUCUGCGCGCGCAUCGGCCUCGCGUCAAGCGCCUCGGUAGAAGACGAGCGUGGCUUCCACAACCCGGCCAUCAACGGGCAGCUUGCGGCGGCGGCGACGGUUGGCAAUCUCCUCGGAUGGGACGCCGAGGCCAUUGCAUCCGCCAUGGGAGUUGCGGCGUCGAGCUCAGGCGGGCUCGUGGCUUUCCAGACGACGGAUGCCAAGACGAAGCAGAUUCAUCCGGGCCACGGCGGGCCUUUGGGCAUCGAGGCUGCGCUCAUGGCUCGCGCGGGUGUUACGGGUCCGCCUGACAUCUUGGAGAAUGAGAUGGGGUUUCUGCACGCCUUCUCGCCGGAACCGAACGCUACCGCGCUCACGGAUCAGCUCGGUGAUCGAUGGGACUGCGAGGCGACGACCGCGAAGCACUAUCCCAUGCACUUGAGAUUCCAGACGCUCGUCACCGGCAUCCAGGAUUACAAGAAGCAAGAUCCUUGGGACAAGGAGGUCAAGGGUGUCACAGCCUACGUCGGCCCUCGCCUGUUGCGAGAAGCGCAUCAGAUCGCUCACCCCGAGACGUUAGACCAAGCACAGUACAGCGUCCUGUUCUGCCUCGCCGCCUCGGUACUGCUGGACUUGAGCAGUCCGUUUGUAUACAACGGGACGCUGGUAGGGGACGAAGCUGUGCAGAAGCUCUCGGGGGAAAUAGGCAUAGAACAAGUAUAUGACGAUGAGAAGACGGAGGGCGGAUAUGUCAUUGUGUCAUUUUCUGACUAUAGCACCGUCAACAUCACUGCACCGUACAGUGGAUAUACUGGCCUAUACGCAAAUCCUGGUUUCCUUGAGGCCCUAGUGGAUAAGUACAACCGGACUACCAGGGCUCUAAGUGUUGAGGGCGGCGCCCAGUCUCUGCGAUCUUUGCUUGAGAAUAUGUGGACGGAAACAAACUUGUUCCAUGUGUACAACGAGAUCGUCAAGAUUGGACAAGAAGCCCAUUUGGACUAG